UCUCCCCUCUACAAGUAACCUCAAGUCUCAACUCCUCCCCCCCCCAUUCUCUCUCUCUCUCUCUCUCUCUCUCUCUCUCUCUCUCUCUCUCUCUCUCUCUCUCGAUUCUUGUUUGUCUUCGGAGUCUGCAGCCAUGGUGCUCGAGGCGACGAUGAUCUGCAUUGAUAAUUCGGAAUGGAUGCGAAAUGGCGAUUACUCUCCCACGAGGUUUCAAGCUCAAGCCGACGCCGUAAAUCUUAUUUGCGGAGCUAAAACUCAGUCUAAUCCGGAGAAUACUGUAGGAGUUCUAACAAUGGCCGGUAAAGGGGUUCGUGUGUUGGUCACUCCUACCAGCGAUCUUGGCAAGAUCUUAGCUUGCAUGCAUGGACUAGAAAUUGGUGGUGAAAUGAACCUGGCCGCAGGAAUUCAGGUGGCUCAAUUGGCUCUUAAGCACCGCCAAAAUAAAAAGCAACAGCAAAGAAUUAUUGUAUUUGCUGGAAGUCCUGUCAAAUAUGACAAGAAGGUCUUGGAGAUAAUAGGAAAGAAGUUAAAGAAGAACAGUGUAGCCCUUGAUAUUGUUGAUUUCGGUGAAGAAGAUGAUGGAAAGCCAGAAAAGCUGGAAGCCCUUCUUACUGCAGUAAACAAUAAUGACACCAGUCAUAUUGUUCAUGUCCCUACUGGCCCAAAUGCUCUUUCGGAUGUGCUUAUAAGUACACCUGUCUUCACUGGCGAUGGGGAAGGUGGAAGUGGUUUUGCUGCAGCUGCUGCAGCUGCUGCUGCAGGCGGUGUCUCUGGUUUUGACUUUGGUGUGGACCCCAAUCUAGAUCCUGAGCUGGCUCUUGCACUCAGAGUUUCUAUGGAAGAGGAGAGGGCAAGACAAGAAGCAGCUGCCAAAAGGGCUGCAGAGGAAGCUGCUAGGCAGGAAAAGGGUGGGGAACAACAGUCCAGUUCACAAGAUGUGGUUAUGACUGAACAAGCUGCUGCUGUUGGAGCUUCUGAAGCUGAUGAUAAGAGAAAUGACCUAACGGAUGAUGAGAAUGCCCUGCUACAGCAGGCCCUUGCAAUGUCCAUGGAUGACACCUCCUCCACCCGUACUGUGCGAGACACGGAUAGUGUGCGAGACAUGGAUAUGCCCGAGGUAGUAGAUGAUCCAGAGUUGGCACUAGCUCUUCAGCUGUCUGUGCAGGACAGUAUGAAGGAGUCAGGAAGCCAAACAGAUAUGAGCAAGCUGUUGGCGGACCAGUCUUUUGUGUCAUCUAUUCUUGCAUCGCUUCCUGGUGUUGACCCAAAUGAUCCUUCAGUUAAAGAUUUGCUUGCUUCAAUGCAAAACCAAUCUGAGUCUGAGCAAAAGAAGGGGGAAGACAAGGAACCACCAAAUGAGGAGGACAAGUGAUGACGCCCUGCCCUGUUUUCAGACGAAGGCGGCUUUUUUUUCCAUCAUGUGGCUGUGAAGGUGGAUUUGGAUGGGUUGGGUUACACCAUUCGUCUGCAAAGGGGCUAUAUGCAGAAGUAAAUGCAUCCAUGAUGAGGAUAUUUCUGCACUCUUUCAUUAUUCAGAAAGAAAGGAACUUGAAAACUGGUCAGCCUUCUUGUGUUACAUUUUUAGUUGAAACUAGGUUUUUUUAUUUUUAUUUUUAUUUUUAUUUGGAUGUAUGGUAUGGACAUGGAGCUUGAGAUUGGUGGGGGGCACAUGCCCAAAUUAACGACGACUUUCUGUAUCUGCUUUUGUUAUUAGCACUGUAAAACCAGCAUUUAUAGUAUACAUGUCUUUUUCCCCCAUAAA